CAUGCUACACUUGAUAACAUCAAAUGUCAAGAAAAAACAUGCAUAUCAGUCACAUUCCAAUCAGACAAAGAUUUAAAUUUAGCAUAUUUAAAUUAAUGCAUCUCUUCGCGGAUGAUAUAGUUCUUAUAGCAGAGACAAGAGAAGAGGUUAAUUGCAAACUUGAGUUAUGGAGGAGGACAUUGGAGUCGAAAGGUUUUCGUCUGAGUAGAAGUAAGACGGAAUAUUUAUAUUGUAAAUUUGGUAAAAGACUAUUCGAAAAUAAUUUGAAAGUGAAAUUGGGAGAUCAAAUCAUACCUCAAGUGGAAAAGUUUAGAUAUUUGGGAGCCAUUAUUCAAAAUGAUGGCGAAAUCAGUGGAGAUAUUUCACAUAGAAUUCAAGCUGGGUGGUUUAAUUGGAGAAAAGCUAAAGGAGUUAUUUGUGACCGUAAGGUGCCUAAUAAACUUAAAGGAAAGUUUUAUCGUACUGCUAUCAGACCGGCAAUGUUAUAUAGUAGUGAAUGCUGGGCUCUAACGGGACAGCAAGAGCAUAAAGUUGGAGUAGCAGAGAUGAGAAUGUUACGAUGGAUGUGCGGACAUACACGUAAAGAUAAAAUUCGAAAUGAGCACAUACGUGAAAAAGUGAGGGUGGCACCUAUUGAGGAAAAAAUGGUAGAAAAUCGGUUGAGAUGGUUUGGGCAUGUACAAAGAAGACCAAGGGAGGCACCAGUGAGAAGAGUGGAACAUAUAACUUUGAGUCCGAUUAAGAGAGGUAGAGGAAGGCCUAAGAGAACACUCUUGGAAGUUGUUGAACGUGAUCUCUUAAUUAAUAAUAUUUCUAAAAGAUUAAUAAAUGAUAGAGCACAAUGGCGUCUUGCAAUCCAUGUAGCCGACCCCACCUAG